UUGCACCUGAUCAUAUUUACUGUAUUUGUAAAUUUCCACAUACUGAAAAAUCAAAAGGAUGCAGCGGGGCCACUUUGAUAUUUUUACCAAUCAAUCAAUCAAAGUUUAUUUAUAUAGCCCUUAAUCACAGGUGUCUCAAAGGGCUGCACAAGCCACAACGACAUCCUCGGCUCAGAUCCCACAUCAGGGCAAGAAAAAACUCAACCAGGAGGUUAUUUGAUGCCUGGGUUUGUUAGACAAUCUUCACACUGCAGGUCAACUCUGAUUUUUUUACACCCAAAUGUGACCUGUACAAGAUUAUGCCAAUGCAAACUGUAGGCUACAAUUACAAUGUUUUCAAAUCCGACUCAUGCAACUGUAAAUCGGAUAUACAGUAUAUCUGAUUACACUGCCGUCUGACCAUUCUGGUCGUGUUCAUCGAGCACACGUGUCAAACUCAUGUGCUGGGAGCCAAAUCUGGCCUGUCCACAUGGUUUUGUGGCCUGCAAAAGCCUGGAAAUAAUGUCCGUCAACAAAGUCCUUUUUUUUUUUUUUACAUAUUUGUUUUUUAAAUUUUGACAGAAAAAAAUGCAUGUGCUGCAUAAAAUUGCAUGUGUUUUAAGCUUUGACAAUGCAAAAAAAAUUAUGUUAACACAGGGGUGUCCAAAGUGCAGCUCGCAGCUUCAGUUUUGUUGACCCGCAGCAUAUUUUUGGAUAAAAAAACAACAGUAAGAAUUAAAAAAGAGCAAAACUUGUGAUGUAAUGACAGAAAAAAGCUGACAAUUUGAUACUAAUACCUCAGGGGUGUCCAAACUUGCUUACUGAAAAGUCAAAGUAUGUGGGGACCAUUUAAAAAAAAAAAAAAAAAAAUUGUAAAUAAAUAAAUAAAAAAUACUUAAAGACAAAUGUUAGGGUCAGCUUUGUGUUAUAAAUGACAGAGUGUAUUAUUAUUAUUAGAAUCAACAUUUCAGCCUUUCUCACUACAUUAUAUCUUUUUGCUCUUUUAAAAAAACAAUUCUGUUGUUUGAACAACAAUAUAAAAUAUCAGAUUUAACAAAAAUCAUAUCCUGCAGUGGCCUUAGCUAGUUAGAAAAGUAACUCAAAAAGUUGUUGCCGGUUUUUAAUUAAUCUUUUAGGAAAUGUCAGAAAUGGGAUAAGGAACACGUAAUUAGAUUUUGGGGGUGAUCUGAAUCAUUUCUACCAUGUUCCCUUGCAUUUUAAUAUGUUCCCUUGCAUUACGCUACGAGACUCCUCUGUGUGUUUAUGCUUGCAUACCCCCCUCCACCCACAGAUACAAAGAGAGUGGAUGAAACGGGUCACUUUGUUUAUUUUAUUUCGCUCUAGCUCCAAAACAUAACGGUAGAUUUUAAUGAAACUGUUAGAAAAUGUCUGAAAUGGGAUAAUGGGACAAGUGAUUAAAUUUUGAGGGUAAUCCAAUUUACCAUCUGCCUUCAGGAUUUUUUAAAGGAUUCUUUAGUUUAUUGGGAGUUAGGGCCUGGCAGAGGUCUGCGCUCUCUGAGGGCGUUUUGUUGUUAUUUAUAUUUUUUUGUUAGGUAAAAAGGCUAAAAAAUAAAAAAGAUGUGUUAUUAUUAGUUAUUAGUAUCAAUAUUUCAGCGGGUUAUUUUUUACAUUACAAUUACUGCAAAUGUGUCUAUUAUUACUCUGUCUUGUCUGCUUUUUUCCGUCAUUUGUUUUGGAUUUACUUCAGCAAUUACUCCCACCGGUGAGGCCAUUCCACUCCCUUGCUGUUCAUCAGUCGACUUUCAUGUCAUUCUGAACGCCAUCCCCGAGGACAAACACUCACAAACAGGCUCCCACGUUGUCGCUCUUACGCGUGAAGGAAACUAAAAUAGAAGACAGAGAGGUUCUGGUUUCCUAGCACCGAGCUUGCUGUCUUUUUAGGAUAGCAAUCUUACAGGUGAGUGUUACUUGGAACAUCUCACUCACAUCCUGUCAGUUAUGGAGGCUGUUCCAAACCCUAUGGGCUCUCAACAUUAAGCAGUUAUCGAGCACCUUUGGAUAAGUUGCAGCAAAAGUAGUCAGGAAGUCCAAAUAUUCUUCCCUGGAGAACAUCCACACCUUGACUUUUUCUAGCCGAGCAUUUGUGCAUUGUGUGAAGUCAUGGCAACGACCCCCUCCCUCGGGUGGGACCUCACCGUAUUAACUGUCGCCCACAUACGAGCGAGGGAUCUCUCAGGGAGAAAACUCUGGAAUGAGGAUGGAGUCGAUGAAGAAUGGUGCCUCACAGCCGGUCUACAGCCGCUGGUCUUACAGACCCCCCAGCUCCACCGGCUUCUCGUCCAGCUCGACAACAACAAGUGGAUUUGAAGAUCACAGCAGCAUCAUGCAGCAGAAGCUGGAAAAACAGAGGUCUUUGCUGGAGCAGAAGCAGCGGAGGAAACGUCAAGAACCCCAUAUGGUCCAGCCCAACACGGAGGCCCGGCAGCGACUGUCCCGCAUGCGGCACGGCGAGGAGCAGGCUCCGCUGGUGGACUCUUAUCCUCGCAAUGCUGGCGACAUCAACGUGGACGGUAUUGACGGACCGGCAGCUGUUCUGGGACCCAAAACUCCUAACAAGGGAAUAAAAACCAAAGUUGCGUUGGUGAACAAGGCCCAGUGUCUGUCCUCGCAAAAGAGCCAGCCCCCUCCUCCUCCUUCUCCGACUUCAGUGGCAGGGGAAGCGGAGAAGGUCGCAGACAGACAGACGUUGCUGGAGCCCAAGACGGUCAUCCACGAACUACUGCUGAAACAAGGGCUGUCAGGCAGCAUGAACUUUGACGAAUCCAGCGAGGACAACGAGGACGAGCGUCCGCAAUCCCCAACUCCGAACGUGGAUGCCAUAAGGCCCGCCUCUGCCUCCAGUGCCAAAGACUUUUUCCCGGAGGUAGCUGGCAGCUCGCCUUCUUCCCGCAGUUCGCCUCUGGAGGUGACAAAUUUAGAGGAGUUUGUUUUGGUCCCAGCCCCGCGCGGCGCCACCGUCAAAUGCCGCAUCAGCCGCGACAAGAAGGGCAUGGACCGCGGCCUGUACCCCACGUACUACAUGCACAUGGAAAGGGAGGACGGCAAAAAGGUGUUCUUGUUGGCGGGCAGGAAGAGGAAGAAGAGUAAGACGUCCAACUACCUCAUCUCAGUAGACGCCACCGACUUAUCACGAGAAGGAGAGAGCUUUAUCGGCAAGCUGAGGUCCAACCUUAUGGGCACCAAAUUCACAGUGUACGACAACGGCACAAGCCCCUGCAAAAACCCUGCGGCGAUGGUAGAGGGCUGCAGCACUCGACAGGAGCUGGCCGCUGUCUGCUACGAAACCAACGUUCUGGGAUUCAAGGGACCCCGCAAGAUGACCGUGAUAAUCCCAGGCAUGAACGCCAACUUUGAGCGGGUGCCCGUUAGGCCCCAAAACGAUCAGGAGAGCCUGCUGAGCCGCUGGCAGAGUCAGUCCCUGGACAACCUGAUCGAGCUGCACAACAAGAAUCCCGUUUGGAACGACGACACGCAGUCCUACCAGCUCAACUUCCACGGGCGCGUCACGCAGGCUUCCAUCAAGAACUUCCAGAUAGUCCACGACAACGACCUCGACUACAUCAUCAUGCAGUUUGGCCGAGUGGCCGAGGACAUCUUCACUCUGGACUACAACUACCCCAUGUGUGCCCUUCAGGCCUUCGCCAUCGGCCUGUCCAGCUUUGACAGUAAGCUGGCAUGCGAAUGAACUGCGAACCGGACGUCGCCUCCCCCCAAGACAGGCUAGGUGACACAGGCGCUCCGUCAAGCGGAUGAAGUUACGUUGUCACGCUAACUAACAAUGCUCGUCCGCCAUUUAUUUGUUCUCAUGUACGCGACUUCAGCAAGUCAACACUUUUAAACAAUUACCUCCACUGUGUGAGGGUGAAAUUUGUCAAGAGGAACAGUCGGAGACACCACACUGGUAGCAUCUCACUAGUAUCGUAAUAUUUUCAUAUCAGUCUAGAUUUUAUCACCAUUUUCUCUUGUGUGGGAAAUGCAUUAUGGACUUUUUUCUUUUACUUUGCGACUUACAAGACUCCACUGCAAAAUUGCACAUUGAUAGAUGAAUCAUCCUGUAAAUAAAACACCUUGUAAAGGACACACAUUUCAAUGAUUCAAAAACAACAAUAAAUCAUUUGGAACAACAGCGACUUUAAUAUAGUCAGUAAUUUACAUGUUUUUUGCUUUGUUUUUUUAACACGUGCUAGCAGUGUAUAAAAUAGCUUUUGAAAAUAAAAAAGUGCAUUAUGAAGAAAAGUUUUAUCGAGAUUCUUUUGUUU